AUGGCGAAGUUCCAGUUCAGCAAUGUCUACCUCAUCAGUUUCAUAGCCACGCUGGGAGGCUUGAUGCAGGGUUUCGAUGUUGCUUCCAUGUCCGCCAUCAUUGGCACCAAGCAGUACAAGACAUACUUCAACAAGCCUGGAUCCACCUUGCAGGGAGGGAUCACGGCCUCUAUGGCUGGGGGCUCGCUACUGGGAUCCAUCGCUACGAACUUGACGGGUGACCGCUUCGGACGUCGAGAUUCGCUCGCUAUAGGAUGUGUGAUCUGGAUCAUUGGCUGUGCGGUUAUGGCCUCUGUGCAAAACGUUGCGCAGCUGAUCGUGGCGAGAUUGAUCAAUGGUUUUGCUGUUGGUAUCUUCUCUUGCCAGGCGCCGCUAUUCAUCGCCGAGAUCAGCAAGCCGAAUCGUCGUGGUCGCCUUAUUGCGUUCCAGAAUUGGAUGAUCGCGUGGGGUACACUGAUUAUCUACUUCAUCUCAUACGGCACCUCGUUCGUUGAAGGGAAUGCCUCCUUCCGCAUUCCAUGGGCGCUCCAAGUCGUGCCCGCGAUUGCGAUGCUGGCGUGUAUCCCAUUUAUGCCUCGGUCGCCGCGAUGGCUUGCGAGCAAAGAUCGUUGGGAAGAAGCACACGAUGUUCUGGCCAGCCUCCAUGCAAAAGGCAACAGGCUGGAUCCUUUGGUCCUAGCAGAAUUGAAUCAGAUCAAGGAGAAGAUUUUCCAAGAGCGAGACUACGGCAGCACUUCCUGGCUCGAACUCUUCAAGCGUCGAAACAUCAUGCGAACGCAAGCCGCUGUUUGCGCUCAUCUCUGGAGUCAAUUUUCGGGAAACAACGCACUCAUGUACUACAUCGUGUACAUCUUCCAAAUGGCCGGCAUCAACGGCAACCGCGGCUUGAUCUCUGGAGCCAUCCAGUACUGUAUCAGCGUUGGGGUGCAAGUCAUCUCCUUCACAUACAUGGACCAUUAUCGCCGUAGGUGGGCACUCAUGGCUGGCUCAGCUCUCUUGGCAACCUGGCUUUUCGCCGCUGCUGGGUUGAUGGCUAACUAUGGCCAUGCUGUGCCUGGUGGCUUGAAUGGUGUGCCCAGUGUGACCUGGGUCGUGGACUCCAAUGCAGCCUCGAAGGCGGUAAUUUCCUGCGCAUACCUCUUCGUGGCAAGUUAUGCACUAACAUGGGGGCCAAUCGGUUGGGUCUAUCCCUCAGAAGUGCUGCCAAUGUACAUUCGAAGCAAAGUCACUUCCGUUGGGGUUGGUGUGAACUGGAUCGGCAACUUUGCCUUGACCUUCUUCACUCCCCCGGCCUUCCAGAACAUCCAGUGGCGGACAUUCAUCAUCUUCGCCGUCUUCAACGUCACCAGUUUCUUCCACGUCUUCUUCUUUUUCCCGGAGUCGAAGCAGAAGACCCUUGAAGAAAUGGACGAUGUCUUCGCUCAGAGCAUUUGGGCUUUCAAGAUCAAGUACACGAGCAGCAAGCUCAAAGAUGACGUGGAGUAUGUCAAGAAGGACGUCAACGCUGCGGCGGCGGAAAUCGAGGCAGAGGUCGAGGAUGUUGAGCCGAAGCGUGACUCUGUGGUUUGA